AUGGCAGGUUUCAACGCAUUGCUCUUGAUCACAGGAGCCUGGCAUGUCCAUGAUCACUACUACAAACUCAUUCAUGAGCUGGAGAGCCAUGGUAUAAAAGUCAUAUGCGAGCGCCUUCCAACAAACAAUAACGCUGUGCCACCAAAUAAAACAAUACAAGAUGAUAUCGACUUCAUCAAAGGCCUCCCCUCUAAGGAAGUUGCAGCAGGCACGCACUUCACUGUCAUUGCCCACUCAUGGGGAGGCAUGCUGGCUUCUGCAGCUUUGGCAAGCUUUGCUGUUUCCCCCGAGUCAAAAGAAGGGGGCGUCACGGACAUGAUCUUCGUCGCCGCCUUCGUGCCUUCGGAAAAUGAUUCAUUGACCGGUCUCUUUGGUGGAAAGCUGCCUCCGGCACUAGUUCCUCAAUCAGAUGGAACUCUUGUGCCGACUGAUCCCAUUCAACUUUUCUAUCAUGACCUGCCGGAGGAGGAAGCCCAAUGGGCCAAGAGUACCACGGUAGCCCAUGGAACGGAUGUACAAUGCGCUCCUAUCAAUUGUCAGAAAGUGGCAUGGCGUGUUGUUCCGCUGUCCUACACCAUUUGUGAGGAGGAUCAAGGAUUGCUCAGCUUUUUGCAGGAGGGCAUGAUUGAAAAGGUUGAAGAACAGGGGGUCAUCGUUCAGAAGUAUCGGUUGCCUUCCUCUCAUAGCCCUUUCCUGAGCAUACCCCAGAAGCUUGCCAGCAUCGUGUUGGAGAUCGCGAACUCACGAUAA